CACCACUGCUGGCACCAUGGAUCCGCAGCAGCAGUUCUGCCUCAAGUGGAACAGUUUCUCGUCUAACUUGGCAAUAACAUUCUCCAACCUGUUCAAAUCGGAUCUGCUGGCCGAUGUCAUAUUAUCCUGUGAUGGCGUAGUAUUCAAAGCCCACAAACUUAUAUUGGCGGCCUGCUCAAAGAAGUUCGCCGAUCUGUUCGAGAACACGCCCACAAAUGGCCAGUGCGUCAUCAUACUGGAGGCGACCUCGCCGGACAACAUGGCCGCUCUUCUGGAGUUCAUGUACAAAGGCGAGGUUCAUGUCUCCCAGGAGGCGCUCAACAGUUUCCUCAAGUCCGCCGAGAGUUUGCAGGUCAAAGGUCUGUCCACGGAAACGGGACGUCUGGCGGCGCAGCAAGCGCAACAACACAUGGGCGACCUGUCGCCGCUGGACUCGCCGACGGGCAGGCGGAGCAUAAGGAACAGUCUGAGCGGCGGUAGCAGCAUCCUUCCCGGCGGAGUCGGAAUCGGUCUGGGAGGAGGCGUUACAGGAGCCAACUCCAUGCCGGGCAUGGGCAUUGGCAACGGCUUGAGCUUGGCCGGCAUGGCGGCUGGUGGCGGAAUGGCGGCGGCUGCAAAUGCGGCGGCCAGUAGCCUCAGUACCCUGGCGGCCAGUGCAAAUGUCGUGGACAGAUGCGGCAGUGCCGGCGCCAACAUAAUCAGCGGAACAGCGGCAGGGAUUGGCGGCGCCCACAGCGUGGGAGCGGGUAAUGGCAGCGGCGCAGUGGGAAUCGGUGGCAACGGAGUCGGCAGUGGCAGCGGCAACAAUGGACCCAUUAGCCUGGGAAGCGGCGCUGGCGCUGCUCACCAUCUGGGCGGUUCCACCGGCAUCUUGAAGCAGGAGUGCGACUCCCUGAUGCAUCCGGGUGGCAGCGCUUCCUCUACCGGAAUGGGCUACACCCAUGUGCCGCCCAUCUACCGACCCAUUAACUACGAACCUCCGCGCAAGAGGGCUAUUGUCCGCAGUCCGUAUUCCGAGCAGGAGCAGCGCGGUUCCGUCCUGCGAGAUGGCUCCAAGUCCUCCGAGUGCCCCAGCCCCAUCAACAAGCCGCCGUACCACCGUCCCUCGUCCAGCGCCUCCUCCACGGCGCCCACCGAGGCCGACACCAUGCACUCCGAACGCGCAUCGCCACAGUCCAGUCGCUACGAGAACCAUAGUCCCAGCACCACUGCGGGAAAUGGAAACGCCACCAGUAGCAUGGAGCGCAUUGUGAAAUCGGAGCGCAACAAUGGCAGUGCCAAUGAGGCUAACGACGACGACCGCGAGCUUAUGGAUGAGUCUACAGAUAACGGAGCCGAGGAUCUGCGCGUGAAGCUGGAGAACUUGAAGUACUCGCCGCCACCGCCGCCGAACUCGAACACUUCGUCGACCACACCGAAUGCCCUGCUGGAGAACCUGAAGGCGGACGGAACGCUGUCCAGUAACCUGGCCGCCUCGAUUGCGCCGGCGGACAUGUUGAACGUAUGGAACGCGACCAAGUUGAACAACAAGAACAGCGUGAACACGGCCGACGGUAAGAAGCUGAAGUGUCUGUACUGCGAUCGUCUGUACGGAUACGAGACGAAUCUGCGGGCACACAUCCGGCAGCGCCACCAGGGCAUCCGCGUGCCAUGUCCCUUCUGCGAGCGAACCUUCACGCGGAACAACACGGUGCGCCGUCACAUUGCCAGGGAGCACAAGCAGGAGAUCGGAUUGGCGGCGGGGGCAACAAUUGCACCAGCACACUUGGCAGCGGCAGCUGCAGCAACAGCAGCGGCUACAGCGGCAGCCAGCAAUCAUUCACCAUAGGAAGCAGCCGCAACAGCAGCGGCAUCAGUAGUCAUGAACGCCAACAAGGAGGCGGCAAAGCAGCGCAAACGUAAAACACUCAAGAUGGCACUGGAGAAGUGCAUGCAGCGACGGGACGCAAUGGUGGCGGAGAACACCACGGGGGCAGGAGGAGAUGGGGCAGAAGCAGAAGCAGAGGGAGAGGCAGGCGAGUCGGGCGAGGCAGUGGACGGGGCAGGGUCGGAAGAAGGAGCCGGUUCAGAGGGCACUGAACCGCUCACCUACGAGCAGCAGCAACAGCGAAUGCACCAGGAGCUGACGCAGCAGAUCAGGGCGGCCAUGGCGGCGGAACAGGCCGCCGAGGCCAUGGACUCGACCAUGAACACCACGGUCAACACCACCACGACGACCACAACCACAACGAACACCACUGGCACCACCAGCGAUGGUUGCAGCGAUGCGGAGGCCAGCGAUGGCAGCGAUCGACCCAUGGAAGUGGACGAGGACCAGCCACCGGAGCCACAGCCAGGAUCCGAGCUUGUUGUUGUGGAGCCCAAGAUCGAGGUGCUCUCGGAGUCCGAGGACGAGGAGGAUCGACUGCACAUGUCCGAGGUCGAACCGGAUAUCCAGGCCGAGGCCAUUUACGAUCACAUGCCCAACACGCCCACCAGCCCCCCACACAUCAUACCGCCCAACGAGACGCCCACUUUGACCUCCACGCCCAAGGUCAAUGUGGAGCAAUAGGAUGAGGAGAAACGAGAUGCCCCCAGAGGAUGCCCCCCAAAGAAGCUGCUUAGAUUUAGGCUAAGAAUCGAUGAAACGACGGAGUGAUGAAGAUGAGUGAUUUACAAACACGAUUUACGCGCGCAAAGAAGAAGAUGAUGAUACAUGACUACUGAUGCAACUGCUGUUGCCCUCGGAGACCACCACCUACUAAGCUAGACAAGAAGUCCCAAACCGGGCACAUUGAUUACUAUAAUAACUAAACAAGGAACUAAACUACUAAAUGAUAAGAUGUACCACACACGUGCAAAAAAACACACAGCAAACAGACAGACAAGCGAACACACGUACAGAUGGCAGAAUUCGAUGACCAACUUUUUGCAGACAUUUUUAUUACAAAUUUGUGUUUCAAGCCAACCACAAACAAUCAACGAAGUUCAAGCAGCAGACACAGGCACAAGCAAGUGCUACAGAAUCCAAACCAAUUAAUGGCAGUAUGAAACAGAACUCUCAAGAAACUUAUAGGAACAGAAACAGAACCAGAAUCAGAAUCAAAAACAGAAAUAUAGUAAUAUAGAAACAAAUGCAAUCCGGCUGAAAAAUCGUUUUCAGGGUGCUAAUCAAACAAGAACACUCGCAGCAAUGCAAUGGAAAACAAAUUAAACAAAAAGCU